CUCUCGAUCAUUUUUGCGCGCGCGAGUUUGAGAGUUCGACUUUUCGCAGACAGGGCAAGCUGGCCGCUCCAAUGACGAUUAAGUUUGGUGCCAACGAAAAGAGCCAGUCUAUUCCGUCGAUCGUACGCUACCGGUAAUAAUCGGCGUCGAUUAGCACUUUUGGCCUAACUUGCCUGACAAUGCCGGAUACUAACACACUUACAACGUGAGCGAUUACUUGUCUCGCGGAUCAUCGGUGGGAUAAUGAUUACAGAACAAACUUGGACCAUGAUGCUGGACAGCGAUGUCACUGGCAUCAACGAACUGGCUAUUUCACCGAGAAAACAGCUAUGGAUCAAGGCCGUGAAGAAGUUGACUUCAGAAAGAUUAGGAAGAGAAGGUCUGGCUGCUUGGGAAAACCCUAAACUGGAUAACGAUCCGGAACUGGGUGACGAUACCAACGACGACGAAAUAACCAACGAUGAAAUUCAAAUCUCUACGGAUCCCGAAGCUCUUUUAGCUGAAGCUGCUGUGCCUGAGGAUGAAGCUCAAAUUCAUCGAGAUGUCUUCAAGAAAGGGGUUCUUUACAAAGGGAUAUUCUGUCCUUCUUUGACCAACAAUUUUCAUAGUAAGCAAUUGGAAACCUCGUAUCUUCAUUAUUCGAAUCGACAACGACAAAAAGCAUUGAUUAUGCUCAAUAUCGUCGAUCUUGGAUUAAAGAUCGCUUUAGUUUCUAUCUGGUUAUGGAGAAGAGAGAAAAACAGCGGCGGUCUCAUCGAAUCAUUAUCAUGGGCAUCAUGUUGCAUAGCUGCUAAUCUUAUGGUCUGCGUUCUAGGAUGGUGGAGAUGUUUUUCGAAUAAUUAUUUAUACUGGGCCUCGAUAUUUACCUGGUUAUUGAUCAAUUCACAAGGUUUCAUUGGAGCUGGACUGAACUUCUCGUCGCAACAACGCUUGAUGUGGUAUAUCUUAUUUGUAGUUUAUGCACCAUAUGCUAUGUUACCUCUUCCUUUGAGAUGGUGUGUCCUUGCUGGUUAUGGUACAGCCUUUACACACAUGGCGAUGGCUGGUAUCAGUUUAUUACAUGAUACCACAUACUUACAGGAUGUAACGUGUAUUGUACGUAUGCUAACGACCAAUGUCCUACUCUAUCUUGCUGUAAAUCUCGCAGGAAUGUAUACGAAAUAUUUGACUGAUAGAGGCCAAAGACAAGCGUUCUUAGAAACUCAUCGUUCGAUGGAAACCAGACAGCGAACUCAAAAUGAAAAUAACAGACAGGAAAAACUAUUACUUUCUGUUUUGCCAGAUUUUGUGGCGAAAGAAAUGAUAAGUGAUAUUGCUCGUGAAACAGCUAGGGGCGGUACAAUAUCCUUCACGCCAAAUCAAUUUCAUAGAAUUUAUAUUCAUCGUUACGAAAAUGUUAGCAUUCUCUUUGCUGAUAUCAAAGGAUUUACCGCAUUGGCUAGCCAAUGUAGUGCUCAAGAACUAGUGAAAGUUUUGAACGAUCUCUUUGCUCGUUUUGAUAAACUCUCCUCGGAGAAUCAUUGUCUUCGUAUAAAACUUCUUGGAGAUUGUUAUUAUUGCGUGUCCGGAUUACCAACAGCUAGAAGCGAUCAUGCUCAUUGCUGUGUCGAAAUGGGAUUGCAUAUGAUCAAAGCUAUUCGUGAUAUACGAUACACGACGAAGGUAGACCUAAACAUGAGGAUAGGUAUUCAUAGUGGUUCGGUAUUAUGUGGAGUUUUAGGACUCAGAAAGUGGCAGUUUGAUGUCUGGUCGUAUGAUGUCACUUUAGCUAAUCAUCUUGAAAGUGGCGGUAUACCAGGGAGAGUACAUAUAUCGGUAGACACGUUGAAGUGUUUAGACGACGUUUAUGAAGUCGAGCCAGGUAAUGGCGUAGAGAGGGACAAUUAUUUGAAGGAUAGAAACGUUGAAACAUAUUUAAUUAAACAAGUGGAACCUCAGAAAGCGAGGAGAAGGUAUUCUUCGCGUCCUAAAAUUUGGAACGAAGAGGAUGGCCAUAAUAAAGGGAAGAGAAGUUUCAAACUUGGCAAUCCAUUGUCCGGUAACAGUAGUAAUCCGAAUACUUCACAGGACGAAGACACUGCAGUUGAUUGGACACCUGAAAUACCGUUUGAAAAUUUGAACAAUGCUACAUCUAUUAGUAAUUUAGAAUCAGAAUAUCUGGAAGAUGAAAAUGGUGUUGCUAAAAGUACGAAGGCUGCUACUGAAAAAGAAACUGCAAGUAACAAGCGUAUGAGAUCAGCCAAUAUAAAUGCUUGGACUUUACGUUAUAAUGACGAAAGUCUUGAAACAAAGUUUGGUCAAUUACGCGAGGACAUGUUCAAAUCAAACAUGAUAUGCUGCUUCGUAAUAUGGCUAUUUAUUGCUAUCUGUCAGGCCAUCAUUUUACCAACUUGCAUAAUCUUGCUGAUCUGUCUGCUAACUACAACGGCCAUUUUGGUAGCAUCGUCCGUACUAGUUAUGGCUGAAGAAUUUAAAGGGAUGCCGUUAUACCUUCAACACGCUUCUUCUAUGCUUGUUCACAAUAAACGACAUCGUACAAUUUUCAUAUGCAGCGUGAUCAGCCUGAUGGCAUUGACUUCAAUAGUAGGAGUGACGGCAUGCCCUAUACAAACUAGACAACAUCCAGAAGUAUUGGUACUCGAACAACAACAAUUGACAACUGCUACAACCGAACAACCAGGAUCAAUGAUGUCAACAACAGUUGGCCUUGACAGAUUUAUUUUAACAUUUUUAGAAGCAGCGCUUCAAGACGAGGCUGCCGAAGUUGCUGAAAAUCGAACGGUAACACAUGACUCCAGCAAUAUCAAAGUGAAACUGACAAGUGUCUUCAAUGGUAGAACAAGCGCGACCCAAAGCCGUAGUAGAAAAGAAUUCUUCAGAUUUUAUAAAUAUGAGCAACGUUACGUUCCUGGACUUCGAAGACAUUAUAGAAGAUUUGCUCGUAAACGUGCCGAUGAUAUGACAUUGAGGAAGAUCUUGUCGCUUCCCGAAGAUCUUGAACUUAAUCAAAAACUUCCAUAUAAAAAUUUUGACGAGGAUGACAUCGACAUGUCGUCAAGCUGCAUUCGUCCUGAAUAUAUAGUCUUCACUUGGAUCUUAUGUCUCAUUGCUUUAGCUUCGGCUUUGAAAUUAUAUUAUUUAGUUAAAACAGCUUUAGCCACCGCCAUAGUCUUGGUUUAUGCUGUAUUGAUACUCGUUGUAUAUAAGGAUUUAUUUUCUGAUGGACCUGAUCAACAAACUACAUCAAUACCACUCUCAGCACAAAUGUUGGUCUUCCUAGUAGUAUUUCUCGUUAUGGUAACUUAUCAUGGCCGAUUAGUAGAAGUAACAUCCCGAUUAGAUUUCCUGUGGAAGCAACAAGCUGAAAGAGAACUCGGUGAUAUGAUAGAAUCCCGUCAUAAUAACAUGCAAUUACUUAAGAAUAUUUUACCGGAUCAUGUAGCUCAUCAUUUUCUGACUCAAGAUCGUGCUCCAGAGGAAUUGUAUUCUCAAUCACGCGACAAAGUUGGAGUUAUGUUCGCUAGUGUGCCAAACUUUACAGAAUUUUAUUCGGAAGAUGUUAACAAGGGAAUGGAAUGUAUACGUUUAUUGAAUGAAAUUAUUGCUGAUUUUGAUGAACUUCUCGACGAGAAUCGUUUUCAUUGUAUUGAAAAAAUUAAGACCGUUGGUGCAACUUAUAUGGCAGCAUCUGGUUUAAACCCAACGCAAAAUGAGAAGAACAAAGACGACAUGGAGCAUUUGUGUAGACUGGUAGAUUAUGCAGUUGCAAUGAGACUUCGUUUAGAGGAUGUAAACGUUCACUCCUUCAAUAACUUUGAUCUCAGAGUCGGUAUCAGUUGUGGACCAUUGGUAGGGGGUGUUAUCGGGGCAAGGAAACCAGUAUUUGAUAUUUGGGGUAAUACAGUGAACGAAGCAUCUCGUAUGGACUCGACUGGUGUUAUGGGAAAGAUACAAGUUCCUCAAGAAAUUGCAAGGUUUUUGGAAUCGAGGGGAUAUCAAACCCAAAAACGUGGAUUUAUCGAAGUAAAAGGUAAAGGUACUAUGGAAACAUACUUUGUCCUUGGAAAAGGAACGUUGAAUCAAGAGACUACAACCAGACACAGAAGUACUUGUCGAAGUUUGGCUGCUGUUGUUUAUGGCGUAGUGCAAGCACGUCGUAAACAAAUGAGAGCUUUGAGAAGAACGUAAAAAGAUUUACGCAUCGUACUAUGUAUGUAUGUAUAAAUGUAUGUAUGUACAUAAGGUAAGAUUUAGCACGACUUACCUUUAAAAAUCUAAUCGUGCAUUAUAUCUUUUAUUUGAAUAUGUACCUACGAGAAGAUUCGCAUUUAUAUUUCAGAUCGUUACGAGUUGUUACUUCUUCAAUAAACAAUAAAAUAUC